AUGCACGACGUCGUCCGCGAGGAGGACGAGGGCGGCGACGAGGGCGAGAAGAAGGCGAACCCGGCGAACCCGAAGCACAACAAGCCGCGCAAGAUCUUCAACUUCACGCGCGCGUCGUGCACCCUCGAGGCCGGCGUCAAGCUCAGCGUCAAGAUCUACAGCAGCCGCGUCGACGACACGCUCAACACGUCCUACCGCGUGCUCGAGAGCCUGCACCGCGGCAAGACCAAGGGCGGCGAGUCCGACGACGACGAGUCCGAGGACGAGGACGACGCGCCGCUCGAGGGCGAGGAGGCGCGCGCGCGGCGUCCCGCGGUCGCCGCGCCGAAGAAGCGCAAGGCGCGCAAGGCGGCGACGCACGCCGACGCGUCGGCGACGCUCGGCACGUCGGCCCAGAUCGACGCCGCGGCCGUCGAGGAGGACGACCGCGACGCGUUCUUCUCGCGCAUCUCGCGCGGCGGCGGCGGCUCGGGCCUCGUCGACGGCGGGUCCGCGCGGGCCAUGCUGCUCCAGCGCCUCGCGGCGGACGCGGCCUGCGUGUCCUUCGGCGACGGCGACGCGGACGACGACGACGACGGCGAGGACGCGGUCGUGUCCGUCAUCCCCUUCAAGAACCUCCUCCCCAGGAGCGUGCUGCCGCCGUCGGUCUGCCCGCCGCUGGCGGCGCUCCGGCGCGAGGUCGCCGACGCGGCGGCGGGCGGCGACGCGGGCGCGUACCCGGCGGGCGACGACGGCCACGACGACGGCGGCGACGCGCCCGCGUUCUUCGGCGGCGACGACGACGGCGACGACGACUACCCGGACGUCGACGACGACUGCGGCCUCGGCGACGAGGGCAUCGAGAACACGCUCGUCGACGCCUUCGCGCUCGGCGGCGGCGCGCUCGGCCGGCCCGCGCUCGCCGCGGGCGAGGCCCAGCGCGAGGCCGCGACGGCGUUCGCGCUCCAGCCCGGCGCGCUCGCGGGCGCCGACGAGAUGAGCUACUUCGACGCCGCGGCCCUCAAGAACGCCUGGGCCGGCGUCGCGCACUGGAAGGCCGCGGCGCCCCGGCGCGCGCGCGCGGACGGCGACGCCGCGGCCGCGAAGAAGCCCGCGCCGAAGAAGGCCAAGAAGAAGUCGGACCUCGACUUCGAGGGCCCGCCGCCGGCGGCCGACGCCCUCGCGCCGCCGCCGGCGAAGAAGCGCGGCGCGGGGGACCCGCUCUGCCUCGGCGCGGCCGCGCUGAAGCGCGCGGCGGCGAACGCGCGCGCGCUGAGCCUGCCGCAGGACCUCCGCGUCACGCUCAAGGACCUGCGGUCCCUCUUCCUCCUCGAGGACGUCGUCGUCACCGCCGUCGCGCCGCCGGCGGGCGGCGCCGCCGGCGGCGACGGCGCCGCGGCCGCGCUCGCCUACGACGACGGCGCCGC